AUGUCUACUGAAGAUAAGCAGGUUUGUGAGGCUGUAGUUGAAAGGAAAGGGAUAGGACAGGAAGACAGAGAUGAUUCGGGAAUCAGUGAUUAUGGAGUGUCAUUAGAUAGCCCAUUAGCACAUUCAACCAGUUAUCCCGAGACACCGGGACAAACAAUGAGAAAUAAGCCAGUUUCAGAGGAUGCAGAUAUACGAUCGAUGUUGGCAGCCUUGCUAAAAGAAACUAGAGAGAGGGAAGAAAAGUUCCACAAAUCACUAAAGGGUUUACAAGAAACUAACGCAUCAUUAGAGAGAGGUUUACAAGAAACUAACGCAUCAUUAGAGAAAGGUUUACAAGGAACUAACGCAUCAUUAGAGAAGAAUUCACAAGAAACAAGAGAAUCGUUAGAGAAGCGUUUACAAGAAACUAACGCGUCGUUCGAGAAGAGUGCACAAGAAGCUAGAGAAAGGGAAGAAAUAUUUCGCAAAUCAUUAAAGGAAGAUUUACAAGAAACUAUAGUACGAGAAAUCAGAACAUCGUACACAAAGAUGGAAUGUAAUCUGAAGAAGGAAAUGCAGGAGUUACCAAAACGACUGAAGAUGAACGUCGACGAGAGAGAGAGUAAGCUACAGAAAAAUAUAGACCAGGUCCUGGAAGACGUGGAGAUGAUGGAAGGAAAGUUAACAAAGAAGAUAGAAGACGAUGUUGAAGAAACUAAAACCGAAUUGGGAGAAAGGAUCACCGAGGUGACGCAGAUGCAGAAACAAUGCAACGAUGCGGUUAAGGAGAUGGGAGAUAAGCAAAACCCAUUGCCUGUCCAUCUGAGAAAUGCUGUAGCCAUGCAACGAGGAGAAGAUAACCAGUGGGUUGCAAUAGAAGGUGAGGCCUUCACUUGUGAAAUCAAGAAGCAGAAAGGGACUACUAAUUAUGAUCAGUUUGAAGGAGGAUUCUUGAAAAACUACUGGUCCAAAGGUCAUCAAUGUGCAGCACUUGAGGACCUACAACACCGCAAGUCACUUACUACAUGGAGAGGAACGUCGAAAGAGUUUGCCGAGCAUUUGUGGGAAUUGAACGAGACCUUGGAACAACCCCUGAGUGAUGACGUAAUGAUAUCUGCGAUAAAAAGAAGACUGAAUCAGAAGAUGCAAGAAACUGUAUCUGGGAGCCUAAUUAAAAAUAGGGAGGCCUUGAUGGAGAUACUGGAACAGUUGGAAUCUGUUCGAUCACAGGGACGCAAUCAAGCUAAUGAUCGAAACCGAGAGGGAAGUAAUGACCCAAGGAUUCACUUUAAUCAUUCGUCUGAUUACAGAGGAAGAGGCGGAGGAACCGAAAAACUGAAUGGCACUCCAUGUGAGGUCCGGUCGAGAAUGAGGGCUACCAGGACCCGAUUAAACCUGCUAAGAUAUAUUUAG